AUGACUCGCUUCAUUGUUAGCCUUGCCCUCCUACUUCAACUCGUUUCUGCGCAUUUCUCUAUUAAAUACCCUUUCUGGCGUGGCAAUUCCUAUACAUCUCAGUGGACUAGACCAUGCGGAGGUGUCAAUGUGACGACAAACCGAACUGAAUGGCCUCUUGGUGGCGGUUCCCUCCUCAUCACUCCUUCGCACUCCUGGUCAAUAACCUUCGUGAACCUUGGUAUUGGAUCUGAUGAUACAGUUAUAUUCAAUAUUUCUAUGAUCGAAGGUUUCAAUCAAACCGGAAAUGGCGCAUUCUGUUUCCCAAAAAUUCCAAUUCCGCAAGGACUAGGCCUGACCGCUGGGUCUAACGCGAGUAUUCAAGUUGUCCAAGUAAAUGAACAUGGGUCUGCAUUGUAUAAUUGUGCCGAUAUCACCUUUUCCGCUAACGCCACGCUUCUGUCUACCGACUUGUGCACCAAUUCUUCGGGCAUUGGCUGGAAGCCCCUUGGUGCAGAAACAGCCUUAAACAAUACUUCACCUAAGCCCGGGGCGGGAUCUAUGCUUGCAAUCGACAAAUCCAUUCAGAGCUUGGGACUUGGUGCGAUUAUAGCGAUAUUGUUCUGGAACUUGUAUGUCUAGUUCUAGGGCUGUAAAGGGCUGGUAACGUUAAAUUCUUGAGGCUGGAAUAUAAUAUUCCACUAUGGUCGUAUGACAUCGACUGAAACCUGGAUUGCUUGUUAUACCUUCGAGUGGGUGAUUGGCGGCUCCGCUUAAUUUCAAGGAAUGAAUCAAUGUGAAGAUGAGUUGUAUACACUUGCG